CACCUCAAAACUAUCAAUGUUUAAAGAGUUAACACCACUGGAUCAUGUGGUCGCCCGGAAGGCCAUUGCAUGUCGCGCGUUAUUCGACGAGACCACUGACGACAGAAGCAGUGCAGACAUGGGUUUUCACACGUCUCACUGGCUGUCACGACGACAUUGUUCCAUGUCCACGGUGCUCCUGCUCACCAUCCUCGUCUACAUCUCUCUGUGGGCAUUGUCAUUGGUGGCUUGGACCAGUCACAGUACAGGAAGUGACGUAGUACCCAUGUCACGUGAUUUAAGUCAUCAAUACUUUGCAAAGCAUACGGUAAAUGGAGAUCCCGCCCAGGGUGGAGGAAAUGGUGGCUUGCCUGGAAACACGUCUUUACCAAAGACAUCAAAAACAGGAUCUGAUGGCACUGGUGGACAGUACAACAAUGAUUUGAUUCUUGGACCUGUAGCUGACCGUCUUGAAUCCACUUUGGAAGAUUUUGACGUAGUAGAUAAAUACCACAAAAAUACACGUUCACUGAAACCUUCCAAGAACAAAACUUCUAAAAUUGGACAUUCAAAGGACGCAUCUAUGUAUUCGUCAGGUGUCAAACAAAGAAGUUCUGACUUCGAAAAUAUCAGAAAAUAUUUCAUUGUUCGUAAAAAUAUGUCGAACUCUUUUGUAAAUCUUCAUCGAUACCAUUUCUCAAUGAAACCAGUGAAGUGUUCUAGCAAAGCACACUUAAAAAUUAUUAUUCUGGUGCAUUCAGCCGUCAGCCAUUUUGAAAAUCGGCAGACUAUCAGACGUUCUCUUCAUGACAAAAGGACUCGCACCGGAAUUCUGUUCGAAUUCGUGUUUUUGCUCGGUCAGACUUUAAACACGAGUCUCCAUCGAAAAUUGACCGCGGAAUCGGAAAAGUAUAAAGACAUUGUUCAAGGAAAUUUUACAGAUUCAUAUCAGAAUAUGACAUACAAACAUAUAAUGGGACAUCACUGGGUUGUGCACGAUUGCAGACAUGUGAACUACGUCAUCAAAAUUGAUGAUGACGUCAUCGUUAAUGUUGAAAACGCAGUGAACUAUAUUUCGACCAAGAAAAUUAAGAAGGGACAAAUAGUGUGCAGUGCCCAUUUAAAAAGUAAGAUUAAAACAUUUGGAAAGUGGCUCCCCAGGAAAAAUCAAUUUCCUUUCGACCACUAUCCGCCAUAUUGUUCCGGAUUUGCAUACUUGGCACCAAUAUCAGUAAUAAAGCGCCUGUAUGUGGCAUCGUCUUCAGUGCGCAUGUACUGGAUUGAUGACGUGUACAUCACGGGUUUGCUGACGCUCGCCACUAACACUACUAUCGUAGCUCUCUCAAAUAUGGAAGCAUAUAAGCACUUAGUAAAAUCCCCAAUACCAACGUUUAUAAUGAAGAAAGCACUGUUCAUAUUCAAUGACCCAGGUUAUUCAUAUGGUCGCUAUUCUUGAUUGAAAACAUGUCCAUGAGAAAUAAACUCCCGGAUGUC